AUGGGUUUGUCAGCCAUCCACACCCAGCAUGGUCUGGGAAGCUGCUUAAUUCAGGAUCUGCAGUCUUCCCUGUCCUGCAGCAUUUGCCCAGCUGAUGUGAAGGGCCAGCCUUGCUGUCUGCUGCAGGUCUUCAGGUAUUUCUACCUCUUCUGGUGUCUAAGAAAUUUUGGAGACAGCCCUGAAGGCUCAAUAAAAUGAAUGUCAAGUUUGCUCUAUUUAACAUCUCUCCGUUAAACAAGGCUUAGGAGGUGGGGGGCAGUACUUGGCAUCAAGUCUGGUUUAUUAACAGAUGUUUUUAAGCUGCAGAUGUGUUUUGCUGGGUUGUUAAUGACACUUGUUGAAAAGGAAAGGGCAAGGAAGCGCAUGGGGGCCGUGCUGGGCAGCUCCCUGCAUCUCCAGGACUUGGGGUCCGUGGGGUGGGGUGGGAUGUCAGAGCUGGGGCGUCGCUGGACCCCCGGCUCUCCUGCUGCAAGGGGGAACACUCGGGGGACACCCAGGUCCUGUUCAGCCACAUUCCCCAAGCACCGAAGUCACAGACUUACCCAUCUGGGUGUCUUUCUUCCUCCUGGCGAUGUAAAUGUUUUGUGCCUGUGUGUCCUUCCACGCCCUAAGGGGACUAUCAGGUUCGAGUCACCGUGCCCCAUAUUCCCCGCCAGCAGGAGACAGGCACCUCCUUCCACCCCUUCCCACAGCAGGAUUUGAAUAACCAGGUGUGAGCAUCAGCCUCCCUCGUUAAUACGUUUGAUAAUUGACCAGGCGCUCAUUCCCGUGGGAGGGCUGCGUGCCCGAGCGCAGCACCCUGCGAGGAGGGGCCGCCCGGCUGCUGCUCCGCACCCUGAGAGCCCGUGGCCUUGCCUGCCGCCAUGCCUGCCCGCCGCCUCCUCCUCCUCCUCCUGGGGCUGCUUCUGGCCCUGCAGCCUGCCUGCUGCCAGGAAGCCCGGGGCAAUCUCCAGCCAUGGUCACAGGGUGUCAUCGCAGUAGUUGUGUUUCUAGUCUUGGUGGCCAUCGCUUUUGUGGUUAAUAGGCUCUGGUGUAAGGAGAAAGUGGAAAAUGUCGAGACGGUGGUGAGUGUCGAGGACAAGCAGGAGGCUGUCAUGUCCAAUGGUCACGAAGGGAAAUACCUAACUGCUGCAGCCGACUUCAGGUCCAAAGAGAGCCAGCACGCUUACGAGAACACCCUGGAGCCGGAGGAGAGGGUGAUCACCACUGCCAUGUAGCAGGCACCCUGGCCGGCUGCCCUCCUUCCACCUCUCACUUUGCUUCCCGCUGUUGCGAUGGGCAUUUUCGCAGGGAUCCUCUGCACUGGCAUCCCCCGGGUGCAGCAGCUGCCUGACCUCUCCACAGCACCACCAUCUCCUGAUCUUUUCCCUUCCCCCUAGCGGGACACACACCACCCACUAGUGGCGCCCACGCUGGUUCCCGGGAGAGGUCUGGAGAUGCCACCUCUCCUGCCUGGUGGUCACCCUACCUGGUUGGGGAGGCUGAUGUCUCCCAUCCCACGGGGGUGCUGACCUGCCCCAGGCGUGGAGGGGUCCACACUGGGUGCCUGGGACCUCCCCACACCCCCAGCUGCCCUCUGGGGAGCUGCUGAUGGAAAAUCCUCUCUCUUCUCCCUGUUUUCCCUUCCUUUUUACAACCGACACCAUGCAUUUUAACAUCAGAACAAACCUUCUCCCCUGUAUAUAUCUUCCCUGUGAGCAAUAAAGAGAAUUGUUUGCCCAUA